UUCAACUUAACAGCCAUAUACUUGGCAAGAACGCCGCCCGCCAGUGUAAAUGUCUGUCAAUCGGGUCAACCCAAGUAUUGCGUUUCCAAAAGGGUCGCCCAUGUUGGAAUCUGUGAACGCCCUGAAAAAUUUAAGCCCUAGUGACAUCCCCUUUAACUCAAAAACAGCAACAACAACGGAGCGUGAUGUCGUGUGUGCUUUCACCUACCUUGGUCGCCACUCAACAUGAGUUCUCAAGGAGAAACGUAUUAUUUUAAAGUUGAGAAUGUCACAAUUUAUGACUUGUUUGAUUGGGCUCUUGAAAGACAGGAUUCUGGUGAGAUUGUUGUGUCUCGGAAAAUGGUCAAUUGGGAGAAUAGGGUGUCAAGAUCACCAAGCCGCAAAGCAACCCUGAGAACUGGCUGCCUGGUGAAGGUAAAUGAGCAAGAAGUAGCACUUUUCCGCCUUGGUGACAUCGUUUAUGCCAUAUCUGAGCAUUGUCCUCAUUCAGGGGGACCCCUUCACAUAGGAGAUAUAGAGGCACUCCCUGACCGCUCACUGUGUGUCAGGUGUCCAUAUCAUGGAUGGAAAUUUAACCUUGUGACAGGCAAGUGUCACCAUCCAAAGACACGCCAGGAUUUAUCUGCAAUGGUUUAUCCAGUGAAAGUCAACCCACAAAAUGGAGAAAUAGCUAUUGGAUUCAAUGAAUUUAAUCCAUUUUAUUUCAAAACACCUCUUGCUUGAUGCCAUUAUUUGGUGUAGUCCAUGCUCCAAAGACCAGAUUUUUUAUUGACAAUCUGUAAGUAAUUAGUUUCUUUUGAUAGCGUUAAGGUAGUUUGAAUACCUAUCGAGGAAUAAUAACAUGCAUCAAAAGUUUAUACAGUACAGUACAGUAAUCUAAUAAUACAAUUUUAAUUUAGGAUGGCAAACAUGAGGUGACCAGAGGCAAAGCUUUGACAUAAUGAUUCUACUUGUGAUUCAUACAGGUGUAAUUAUGCAAUAUAUGGAUUAUGAAUUUCACAGAUAUAGUUUGCAGGGGAAUCUUUUUACAGCAAUGUGGUGGGACUGAACUCUUGUCUCUGGCUACCCUAGAGAGGUACAUUACCAAGGAGGACAGAGGCACGAGUUUUAUCCCACAAUAUUGCUUCAACAUUUAUCAUGCUUUGAUGAAUUGUUGGCAUCUCUUUUUAUCCAUUACUCCAAAUGUGAGUUAUGACAUGCAAAGUCUUCUCCAAACACAUGAGUCAUUAUGUCUUCAAGUGUUCGGAGCUCUGCAGUAGCAUCUUAAAACAAUCUCUCUUGUGGUUCAGCUGUGUUAGAAGUGAAUUUGUUUGUUUGCUGCCACCUAGACAACAAAUCUGGAAAGAAUUAGGUUUGCUCAGGGAGCUGAUGUACACAAGGUGGUGUGUGAAGAGCACCAAGAAGGAAGACCAGUGCAUAAAAUCUGGGGAAAAUGAUUAGGAAGAUAAUUCCUUUCAAACAAGCUUGACAUGUCCAGUAAUGGUUUAAAUGAGUGAGUAAUGGUCAUGGUUUAGUGAAUGUGAGUAAUAAUGAUGGUUUAGUGUGAGAGUAACAGCAAUGGUUCCAAGUGAAUAUGAGUAACUAAUGGAGUAAAGUGAAUGUUGGCAAAGUAAGAAUGUUAGUGAAUGAAGACAGCUGAACCUAUCAUAGACAAUCUCUGCCUCUUCCAUGACAAUGCUUCAAUGGGUAACUCGGCUCUGGUUUUCUUCCAAGCUUGAGUCUUUUAUUGUUCAUUUCACCAAAGCAGUAAGGAAACUUAAGAUGACAUUUUUAUAUGCAUACAUUACAUGUAUACUGUACAUCAUUAUUGUGCAUUCCACUUUUGUAGGAUGGAAAAUAAAUACAAUUUGACA